AUGCAGCUGGACAGCACGAGAGCUCAUGCCACACGCAGUGCUCUCAUGCUCGCUCAUGGCAGCUUGGCACUGCGUGCCUCCAAGGAACAGCUGCUUGUCCACCUGGAGGGAGACAUCAUGGGCAACAUCCUGAUGCUCUACAGCUGCAGCUGCCGGGACUUGCAGAACAACCUUGCGCUGGUGCAGAGCAUCACCAACUUCAGUUCAGCCUUGCAAGCUGUGGAUGACUCUGCUUGCUUUAACCCUUCCUUGAAGGGCAAGCUUCUGGAGAUCCUGAUGGACUUGCUGAAGAAGUACUGCUCAGGAAUCCCUGUCUCCCCAGUGCCCCUCAAGGUGGUUCUGGCCCUGGAGCAGUUGAGCAAGCUGAAGCCCUCUUUAGAAAGCAAGGAUAUGCGUGAAAUAUUGGUUCUGUGCUGCAAGAACAUUGUGAUGCACCCUUCAGCGGAGAUGAUGCUGAAGAUCAGAAAGCCACAGCAAACAGCUCAGUGCCUGCAGCUUCAGCAAACAUCAUUGAAAUCUUUGGGCCAGCUCAUGGCAGUUCUGCUCAAGACAGAGCCCACCCGUGGCUUUUUCCAGAACAUAGUCCAUGUCCUGCAGAGAUCAAUGACAUCAGACAACGUGUGGGAGCGUAAGAGGGCCCUGCAGACCUGCUCCCAGCUGCUGACUGUGAAGAGUUUCAACUGUGCAUGCUGUGUCACAGUGUGGGGAAGGCACAGGCAGGAGAACCUGGAGCCACCUACAGCUUUAUUCCUGCCUCUCAGCCCUGCAGAGAGGAGAUGCCUAGGAGCACUUUGGCUCCUUGGUGGGAUUGCUGGCACCUCUGACAUGUGA